ACAGAUCUGGAGGAGCAAGGGACGGAGAAGGAGGCAAGAGGGAGGCAAGAAGGAGGCAAGAAGGAGGCAAGAAGGAGGCAAGAGGAGGCCAGGAGCACCAGGAGCACAGGGGGAGGAGACGCGCGGCCAGCCGGCCCUCAGCGCUCGGGCCCCGGGACAAAGAUGUUUGUUGAAUCAGAGCGAGGCUGAAGUGGACACGCCCCCUGAAGCGGACACGCCCCCUAAAGUGGACACGCCCCCUGAAGCGGACACGCCUCCUGAAGCGGACACGCCCCCUGAAGUGGACACGCCCCCUAAAGUGGACACGCCCCCUGAAGCAGACAUGCCCUGCUCCUGCGCUCACUGGAGGAGGUGGAUCCGCCCCCUUGUCCUGCUCCUCUACGCCCUCCUCCUGGUGGCGCUGUUACCCCUCUGCAUCUGGGAACUACAGAAGGACAAGGUUGGGACUCACAGUAAAGCCUGGUUCAUCGCUGGAGUUUUCGUUUUCCUGACGAUUCCCAUUUCUCUGUGGGGAAUUCUACAGCACCUGGUCCACUACACCCAACCUGAACUACAGAAACCCAUCAUCAGGAUCCUGUGGAUGGUCCCGAUCUACAGCCUGGACAGUUGGCUGGCCCUGCGAUACCCCAGCUUGGCCAUCUACGUGGACACCUGCCGCGAGUGCUACGAGGCCUACGUCAUCUACAACUUCCUGGUUUUCCUGCUCAACUUCCUGAGUCACCAGCACCCGAACCUGGCGAUGAUCCUGGAAGUGCAACAGCAACAACCCCACCUGCCCCCGCUCUGCUGCUGCCCGCCCUGGCCCAUGGGAGAGGUGCUGCUGUUCAGGUGUAAACUGGGCGUGCUCCAGUACACAGCGGUCAGGCCCGUCACCACGGUCAUCGCCCUGAUCUGUCAGCUGUGUGGAGUUUACGAUGAGGCAAACUUCAGCUUCAGAAACGCCUGGUCCUACCUGGUCAUCAUCAACAACAUCUCCCAACUGUUCGCCAUGUACUGCCUGGUGCUGCUGUAUCGCUCUCUGAAGGAGGAGCUCACGCCCAUCAAACCCGUGGGGAAGUUUCUCUGCGUCAAACUGGUCGUCUUCGUCUCCUUCUGGCAGGCUGUUCUCAUCGCGAUUCUGGUCAAAGUUGGCGUGAUUUCAGACAAACACACGUGGGACUGGGAGAGCGUCGAGGCCGUGGCGACCGGACUACAGGAUUUCAUCAUCUGUAUUGAGAUGUUCCUGGCCGCCAUCGCUCACCACUACACCUUCACCUACAAGCCUUAUGUACAGGAGGCAGAGGAGGGCUCGUGUUUCGACAGUUUUUUGGCCAUGUGGGAUUUCUCCGACAUCAGAGCCGACGUCUCGGAGCAGGUUCGGAACGUCGGCCGCACGUUUCUGGGUCGUCCGAAUAAGAUGUACUUUGGCUCGGCCGCUCGUCCCGAACACACGGAGCACACGGGCCUCCUCACCUCCUCCUCCUCCUCCCAGGACCCCGUCGCCUCCUCCGCCUCCACCGCGGGAGCAGCGGGACCCCAGGGCAACUCCAUGCCCCCCUCCCCCGGCGCCAGCGGCCGAUACCAGGGCUUAGGACACACGCGCGCCCCUCACUCCACCUCCGCUCCGGCCGGGUUCACACAGCCCCCACAGACGACAGACAGACCGUAACAAACCCGCUUUAAAUAACGUUAGUGAGGCUUCGACUGCUCAUGUCGCUGAAGCUGCGCACUUUUAUUUAAGAUCUCAAAGCCGAUUGUUUGUUUUGUUUAUCAUUUACUUCCUGGUUGGACGUGGGCAGCAGAUAGGACGUAUGUAAGUCCAGUUCUUUUCCCUAGCAACCAUAAUGUAAACAACGGCCAAAACCUGUCUAAAUCACACCGUAGUUAUGAUUAGACUAACAUUAUUUUAUUUAGUUAGUUAAAAGAAGGUUUAACGUGGCAGUAAAAGGCCUUCUUUGUGUUUUCGAUGGAGUUUUCGGUGUUGAUGAAAUAGGCAGAUGGAUUCAGCUUUUGAACUCAGAGCUACUUCCUGUAUUUUUUAUGUCUAUAGUCGAUUAAAAUAUUGUGUGUACGUUGGUUAAAGGACUAAAAGGACACGUCAUGGUGCUGGAAAAACCUCUCAGAUCAUCAUGACCUCGCUCAAAAACUCUGAGGUCUACAGAGAAGUUUGUCUGCGAUCCAGAACACACGAUGAAGAUGUGAGUCUGGCACCGGGGAGUCUCCCUGUUUUCAGAUGAGUGUGAUUGACAGGCGGAUUAACCAAUCAGGGACAUGCAUGGACUAAACAAAGACUGAACCAGGACUAAACCAGGACUAAACCAGGACUAAACCAGGACUAAACCAGGACUAAACCAGAUCUAGACGGUUGUCAGUAUGUGCUGUUUGGUAAAUAUAAACCUGUUCUAUAUUUUCUGUAGAUUUGAAGAACCAUGAAUUGUCCCUGGUAAAUUUCGAGGUCUUUUGUGAUUUAAUACAAAAGAACAUUUGCUCUGACAUCACAGUCAACGACCGGAGCUUAAAGCAGCGGGUCUGGGUCUGUCUGCGCAGCUGGACCUGGGUCUUUGCUUGAUUUUUUAUGCAUUUUAAUGUUUUCCGGUUGACUAAAGUGGACUUGCGUUUAUCAGUUCUUUGUUAUAAAAUGCAGAAUUGGACAGAGUAGCCAAAAGAUGUACUUAAGCAAGAGUACACUUACUUCAGAAUGAUGUAACUCAAGAAGUACAAAGUAAUGACUCAAGUUAGAGUCGCAUAAGAGAAACAGUCUGGACUAGCAUCAUAUUUAUAAUCAUGACAUUUAUCAUCAGAUCAUUUGGACUGAACUUAAGUAAUGCACAAAAUCUGGUCACUUCAGAAAACAGACAGACACAAAAAGAGGAUUUUAAGAUCACAUUACUCUGGUUAUUUUCAUGUUUCAAGUGCAUAUUUAGCUCUGGUGGCCUCGGGCCCUUAGGAGCUGCUUAGUCUGGGCCGGCCCAGGCUGAUGGACUCUCAUGUGGCUCAUGGUGUUUGAGGUGAAUGAUGCGCGGUGCAUAAGAACAAGACCAACCUAAAAGUGAAGGAAACUGAACUAAAUGUAGUGCCACUGGGGGGCGCUCCACAGAGCCACUAACAUGUGAAAAUGACUUUAGUUUGUCGUUUCUCCCUCACAUUCAAAACGAUAUUUACCUGUGCGUUCAUAAACCCGUGUUUACGCCCAGAGCCUUUGGACUUUCAGGGAUAGACUUUGACUUAACAGGACCAAACCUCAGACAGAAAUGUGAAGAACCAAAACUGUGUUGAUUCUGUGACGUCAAAGACAUUUUGUGGAAAACCUUAUAUUUUGAACCUGCUCACUUGAUGAUGUCAUUUAAAGUGCGUUUAUUGUUGUUAAAAAUCAAUCCUGACUCU